UGGUUCCCUCCUAUAUAUUUGUAAACCUAGACGCCACCCAACGGCUUUGACCGGUGAGUGGAAUAGCAUGGCGAAACCACAGAAACAUUCAAAAUCCCAUGGAUCUUCGAAGCGGCCAGGGAAACAUGGUCUCAAACCCAAGAUCAAAUCAUCAAAAAAAGUUAAAAAAUCCGAGUCCGAAGCAGCGCCAAAGCCGCCACCGCCACCGCCACCGCCACCUGAAUUGCUGUUAACCACUUCGCAGCAGCUGGAGUUUUUCAUUCAGCAGUAUCAAUCAGCAAAUAGCAUACAACUUUCGUCUCUCGAACUUGAAUCGUUCACAGAUGCUUGUAUUCUCAAACUAUCUGAAAGUCUACCUCAGGAUGUCAGUAAUUUAAGUGAACAUAUGAAGGCUGCCUUUGGACCAUCUUGGAAAGAAGUCUUAUGUAAAAAGCAGCUCCUUGGGAAGAUUUCUGAACCUGGGAGUCCAGCACUACUUACAAUUAGUUUAUCUGCCUUAAGAUCACUGGAACUUCUCAGGAGUUUGAAGCCUUUCACUAGAGACUGCCAUGCUGCAAAACUUUUUGCGAAGCAUUUGAAGAUUGAAGAUCAGGUUUCCUGUUUAAAGAAUCAUGUCAAUGUUGCUUGCGGGACACCAAGCAGGAUCAAAAAGUUAAUUGACAUGGAAGCAUUGUGUCUCUCACGAUUAGCCAUUGUUGUGCUUGAUAUGCAUUCAGACGUCAAGGGAUAUUCUCUUUUUAGCAUCCCUCAAAUCAGAGAUGAGUUCUGGGAAUUGUACACAACUCACUUUCACCAGCGAGUACUAGAUGGCAGUCUUCGCAUCUGUCUUUAUGGUACCAUCAAUGCUAACAACUUCAAAAAGAAGGGAAAAACGGAUGCCAGUGGGUGAGCAAUCGCGUUUUGUUUGUGGGGGAGCUCAAGAAGCUGCGUCUGCCCAAUAUGUUUUUAGUGGAUUCUUAGGGACUGGAAAUGUGGGAUCAUGAAUGUUUCUGAGCACAGAAGACAAAUCAUGGGAAGAAGACCAGAAAACUUGGACAUAGAAGUCAUUACUAGCUAUUUCUAUUAUGUCAUCAUUGAAGGGUGACAUUUGGUUAUUGUUAGUUAAAUUUUACGAGACGGAAAGAGUAACGUUUAGAUAUUGUUAGAUUUCAUGAUCUGUUAUUUCCAGAUUAUGUUUUUCUUAGGUAACGGGUCGGCAACGACGUUCGUUUCCUAGAUUCUCUGCAUCGUCAAGACAUAUUAGUGCUCUUGUAAAAGCUUGAAUGGCUAUUGUCUGGAAACCUUCAAUAGCGAAAAUGUAUACUUUUUCUAA